UCUGACAUCCGUAUCCUCAUCCGUGCCACUCACAUCAUUUCAUUUCUGUGAUGGAAAACACCUUAGCUGUUAACCACACGACCCCACCCACCAGUGCCUGGGGGUGAAGCCAUCUGUGAGCGUUAGUUACUUUGCUUUGUCCAGGGAGGAGCCACAAACCACUUUCCCCAAAGCCAUAGCGCAGCACUAACCUUCACUUUUAAACUCACCCAUCAUGAAAACAUGACAGAUUGGUUCAGAAAUGCUCAGUGUGCCGUGAAAUGUCUGCACUGCUGAUGAAAAGACGCACAGUGCAUGAACAUCUCGCAGAAUUAUUUGUGAACAUUUGAUGACCACCUAGGGGCCCUUUGCUGUAGCAUGGAUGGAUAAUCGUUUGGCCUUGAGUGUGAAAGAUGUCUAAAAAUCAAAGCUGAAUGAGCAAGAGUCAAUCAGUCAUCUGUCAGCAGAGGACAUGUAUGCAAACAACAUGAACCUUCUAAGUAAUGGAUUGUCAGUGCAGUGUUACUUGAUGCCAAAGUUGAUGGGAAAAAUGAGAAGAAGAGUUCAAGAGAUGAGAAACCCAAAUGCCAUGGUAUCUUCAGUGGAUCUGAGUCACAACGAGAGCACACGACUGGCUAUGGAUGCUCUCUUGGACCGAGGGAUCGAUGGAUACCAGGAAGUGCUGAUCAAAGAGAAUGAAGCAAACUUUCUGUCAGCGAAGGAGAAAACGUACAUCUUAAACAACAUUACAAAGCCUCUCACUGACAAUGAAGAGACAGACAGGGAUGAAGAGAUGUCCAGUUCUGCAUCAGUUUCUUCGGAGACAUACUUUCCUGCGGUCACAGAGAGUGAGCCUCCAGUUCUUGAUUAUGGCUGGCCGGUGGCUGACUGGAGUUACCAUCUGCAGGGGAUUCCUAGCGUGGAAGUGUUCUUCCACUCAGUCAGAUCCUUUUCCUUGAAAAACCUGCUGCGGGAACUGAUCAGGCAAGCAACUAAAGUUUUGGCGAUAGUAAUGGACACAUUCAGCGAUGUGGAGAUUUUGUGUGACAUACUGGAGGCGACAAGAAAGCGCAAUGUCUCUGUCUAUCUCCUUCUGGACCACAUCAAUUUACAGCUGUUCCAGGACAUGUGUGAAAAUGUAAAAAUCAACAAGUCUCAUCUUACUAGAAUGUCUAUUCGCAGUGUUCAAGGUCAAACAUACUGUGCCAAAUCAGGCAGAAAGUUCACUGGACAGAUGAAAGAGAAAUUCAUCAUUGUGGACUGCAAAAAAGUGCUGGUUGGCUCAUAUAGUCUCACCUGGCUAUCCUGGCAGGUUCACAGAAGCUUGGCCGUACUCUUCAAAGGCAGCGGGGUUAAACCUUUCGACCUGGAGUUUCGUAGACUCUAUGCCAUUUCUAAACCAGUCCAAGGAUUUACCUGCAAUGCAAUAGAUCCUGGUGAUCUCUGCCUACCCUUUGAGGAACUCCAGAUCCCGAUGGGCCCGGCAGUAACUGCUGGAAACUCUCCUGACCACCUACAACAGAAACCUUGUCAGCCCAGGAACCCGAGUUUCCCGACAACUCAAGUCCUGGCCAGACAAACCAGCUAUCCAAAUGUCACCACUGGACCGCAAAGGUCUCAAUGGCUUCCACGGAGGAACACGAUCCAUCACCCCAUUGCUUGUCAGUCCCCACUUUUCAAAGAUUAUAAUACAAAGAGCCAAACCUGGCGUCCAAAACAGGGAAAUUAAAUCAACACAG